AUGUGUGACAUAGACGAUGCUAUAUUUUUUUCUGAAAUACCUAUUUUAGAAAAGUUUUUUUCAAUCUUAGAGGGAGGCGCGGUAAAUUAUUGUAUUGUGUGUCUAAGGACUGAAAAUGAAAGAUUAUUAGUGCGACCUCAGUACUUCACGCGAUUCGCGCGGGCUGUGAAAAUUGAUAAAUACUGGAAGCACAAUUACAUUUGCAAUUACUGUGAAAGGCAAGCAUAUAUUGCGCUUCGGUUCUACACAGCGACCAGGCUGUCGGCUUCGGUUGAUACUAUCUUUGCAGAGCUCUUGUAUCAGAAGAAACGGAAGGUAGCCAAUGUAUUCAGUGAGAGGCAGUUCCGAAAUAUUCUAUGGAGUUGUGAUGUGGAGAAUAAGAAUGCAACGCCAAAGUACUAUGAACAGCAACUACGCAAGAUACACUACGCCGCUGAAUAUGCGGUUUCAAAACCUGUAGUCGUUGACAACUUCGGGGUGAUUGAUGUAAAAACCCCCGAAGGUAAAAUAACCCAAACUAUAGCUUGCAAAUACGGGUUUAAGCAGACGUUGACACAUGGUGUUGACUGGGAGAGCUUCCUUAAGAAACGGCCCGGUGGUCUGGUCAGACAGGCUACCGUGGGCGCACAAACUGAUAUAUCUAUGAACAGCAUGGUGAUCUGCGGACCGGUGGUGGAUGAGAGGUUGAAGGAUCCGAACCCAGAAAUAACAGAGAAAGUAAUAUUCCUUGAAGAAGAAGAAGAAGAAACACCAGUAAAAAUAAGAAAAAUCGGCCACCAAUCAUCUUUGGAAAUACUACACGUCACUAUUACUCCUAAGAUUAUCCCAGAGAAUAUAAUCGAUACACCACUCCUGGUCCCGUCCCAACAAACUACCCCUGCAAUACCAAGAAUCAAUCCUUUUCCACAAAUCCCCACAUCAUCUCAACAAUGUUCAAUGAACUCCUCAAAUACGACUUUUACAUCCGGAAACACACGGGCCACGGCUCAGAAUACUACUAAUCCCCAAAAAGCCAUUCCUGUAAUCAAACUUAUUAAACUGAAAAGACCGCCAACUACUUCUGAACAGUUCAUUGAUCCCGAAAAGAUGAUUCCUAUGUUUAAAACUAGUCUGGUUAAUAUACAAAAGGUCCCCGUUACAGCGUCGCAUACCUCGUCUACAUUACAAAAUACCACCAUUGUGUCAACCGUCACUUCCAGUGCUAACCAAAAUGAACAAAAUAUCAUUGCUACGUCCCAAAAUAAUUCUAUUUCAAAUGUCGCCUCCUCAACAUCAAUGGAUCCUAUUCAUCGCCAAAAUACAAACCCUACGUCGUCGUUAAACAACUUUAAUCGCCAAAAAUUACCCACUCCCACCUUACAGAACUCUGUUAAUCCCCAUAAUAUUACUACAACCCCACAAAACCCCAUUAACGCCCAAAAUAUUCCUGUACCACGAAACAAUCUCGUCAAUAAUACAACAUCAACAUCUUCAGCUGGCUUUAAUUAUCGUCAAAAUACUAUUCAUCUUCAAAAUUUAAUCCCCACUUCUCAAAAUAACCUUAAUCCCCACAAAAUUUCAACAGAAAAUUCUGUUUCUACCCAAAAUACACCCACUACAACCCCACAGAACCUCAGUGGUCUAGUCAAUAUCAUUCCUAUAGUCAAAUUCAACCAACAUCUCAACUCUACAUCCUUAUGUAUAUCGUCUACAACCCAAAGUAUCCCUAUUGUAUCAAGCGUCACAUCUUGUAAUCGCCAAAAUAAUGUCAACACCCACACUAUUAUCCCCACGUCUCAAAAUAAUAGUAAUCUGCAAAUCCCCACCGUAUUGACACAAAAUUCUAUUAAUGCCCAGGCUAUGUCUACAAUGUCCACACACACCUCGUACACAAACCAGAAUAACCCCAUCGUAUCGUCAAUCACAUUCCGUAAUUGUCAAAAUAAAAUUAAUACGCCUGCUGCAUCGCAACAAAAUUCCGUUAGUGCCCGAACUACCCCGUAUAAUCCUCGAACCACCAAUUCAGUCAAAAAUACGAUUAAUACACAAACUACAAUUCCUACACCACACUUAAUUUCUAUUACUCAACAAAAACAAAAUUCUACUAAUUCGCAAACCAUCCCCAUUAAUCCCCGAGGGACCAAUUCAGUUCAAAAUAGUACUAAUAGAUCCCAAAUAAUCUCUACUACCACCCAACAAAAUCCCAUUAAGCACCAAACUAUCCCCAUCAAUCCCCAUGUCACCAGUUCAAGUCAAAAUACUUGUAAUACUCAAAAAGUAUUUAUAACUCGAAAAAUUACUCGUAAAGUACCCUCUACAAUCAACUGCAACUUGCCACCCCGGCAGAAUAUGCCGAUAAUGACACCAGCCACGUCCAGUUCAAGCCUAAAUAUGAGCAAUAACAUUCUUACGUCACAACAGAAUCCAUCAAAUAACCCAAUUUUGUCCCCGAAAAUCUCAACUGCACCUCAAAAGGUUUCUAUACCAUUCCGAGUCACCACGGGCUCAUGUGGAAAUAAUGUGACCAUACCUUCACAGGGACUCGUUAAUCCCCAAACAACUCCCAUAUCCCCACAAAGCACCCCUACCACCCAAAAUGCCCCCACAUCAUCCCCAGCCAUCUCUUUUUCCCGUCAAAAUAUUAUUAAUGCACAAAAUAUUAUCCUCACAAUCCCACUGAUGAGCGCUACUCCUCAAAACAUUCCUAUAACGUCCCAAAUUACCACAACUGCCCCUCAAAGCGUCCCCACACUAUGUCCCAUUAUCUCCAACUCACUACAAAAUACUCUUAACCAUCAAAAUACCAUCCCUACAUUCCCACAGAUGUCCAAUACUGCAUCCCAAACUAACACGCCUGCUCUUCAAAAUACCACCAUGCCAUCUCCAGCAAUCUCUUUCUCGUGUCAAAAUAUUGUUAAUGGGCAAAAUGUUGUCCCCACAUUGCCACAGAUGACUCAAAAUAUCCCUGUUAUCUUGCCUGUCUCACAGAAUAUCAUAUCUGCCUUACAAACUAUCUUGCCUGCCCCCCAAACUAUCUUGCCUCUGCCCCAAACUACCUUGUCCGCCCCCCAAACUACCUUGCCCGCCCCUCAAAAUACACCCAUACCCACCAUUUUCAGCGCUUCUACGCAAAACAACAUUCCCACAUUCUCAAAGAUGAUUGUUAAUACCCAAAGCAUCUCCGAUACAUCCAAUAACGCUCCCAUACAACGUGAAUUUAUCCCCACCACAUCCCAACCCCAGCUCAUCAACCCAGAGCCUAUCACGAUUACAUCUCAAGCACCGAUUUCAUCCCCAGUUGUUGUAGAGACGAAUAAAGAACAAUCCCCGAUGAUUGUCCCAGUGGAGGACAUAUUACAGACGUCUGUGGAAUUGCAAACGGGGCUGGGGGUGUUAAUGGUGUGUGGAAAUGGGGACUGCACCACCCAUCCAAUAACGAUAAAAGAAGGGGUGUUCAAAGUGCCAUCAUUACAAGCUUUUGUUAAGGAUGGUUUCCUGGUAAACUAUUCUGGGACACCCAUCUUACUUCUGGGACAAGAAGAGAUUAUUUUGAAUCAUAUUUUACAAGGUAUUUCAAAGACUGGGAUUCGACCACUCCCUUCAGAUGCCAAUGUACAACUGACAAAUACAGCGUCAAGCCAAGGAUUAAAUGUGAAUAAUGUGGCAAUACUGACGACAAAGUUGCCAGAAGGGAAUAAUCUUGACUGGGAAGAGAGGAUGCCCAUAGGAUUUAUAGCUUACAUGGACAAUAUGGGAAAUAAUCCGCCGCUGACCCCAAAGACGCCAAAGAUAGAAGUUGAAGUCCCGAAAACGUCACCACAGACUUGGCAUCAUCCCUAUUAA